AUGAAGAUUACCACUUUGCUCUCGGCCGUUUUCCUGGCUAUCGCAGGUUUCCUGUUUGGAUAUGACAGCGGUAUCAUUACAUCCACGAUCGGCCAGACCGAGUUUAUCAAGUACUUCAACAACCCCAACGAUGACACAACCGGCGGUGUCGUCUCGGCCUUCCAAGGAGGAGCAAUUCUUGGGACGCUUAUCAAUAUGUUGAUUGGUGAUCGACUUGGCCGCAAGCUCUCGAUUUUCAACGGUGCUUGCAUCUCCAUUUUUGGAUGUGCGCUGCAAGCCGGCGCGAUCAACAUGCCUAUGCUGAUUAUCGGUCGAUUCAUUGCUGGCGUUGCUGUGGGUAUCAUGACUGCGGUCGUUCCGAUGUACUCCGGUGAGAUGGCAGAAUCAUCCAGUCGCGGUAUGAUGUCAGGAAUGCUGCAGUGGAUGUUGAGUUGGGGAUAUUUCGUGGCUCAGUGGCUUGGAUACGGGUGCUCUUAUGUCCAGGGCUCAUUCCAAUGGAGGUUCCCCCUUGCUUUCCAGUGUGUUCCAGGAAUAGUUCUUGCGGCCGGCGUCUGGUUCCUGAACGAGUCCCCGCGGUGGCUCAUGGAAAAAGACCGCCAUGAUGAAGCCCUCGCCGCUCUUCAUCGUCUUCACGGAGACGGCACUCCCGAGAAGGAGCAAUACAUUGAGUUGGAGUACCAGGAGAUUCGCGAUACAAUCGAAGCGGAGCGUGCCUUAACAAAGAUCACUUUCACCUCAAUCGUCACCAAGUCAUCAUGGCGCCGACGCCUCAUCCUCGGCUGUGCAGUCCAAGCCUUUGGUCCCAUUUCCGGAAUCAAUGUGAUCAAUUACUACGGCACUCGCAUCUACUUGUCUCUAGGAAUCGACACCCAGACCUCGCUCAUGAUUAUCGGCAUCUCGGGUGCACUGUCGAUUGUCUAUUGCACAAUCGGUCUCUGGGCGCUAGAACGUGUUGGUCGUAUCAAGCCUCUUAUCAUCGGAUCGCUCGGUAUGGCAGGUGCACUGGUUGCCAACGCCGCUAUGUCCCAGCACUACGAUUCGAACAACAACAAUCAGCUCCGCGCCAUGGUUGCUAUGAAUUUUGUCUUCAGCUUCUUCUACACCUUCGUCGGUAUUAUCUCUUGGGUGUACCCUGCCGAGAUUUUCCCCGUGGAUAUUCGUAACCAGGGGAAUUCAAUCACCACUUUCACCAACUGGACUGUCAACUUGGUGUUUGCCCAGUUCUCGCCGACUGCACUUACGAAUAUUGGCUUCCGGUACUUCUACGUGUUUUUCGCUUUCAACAUGGUCUCGUUUAUUAGUUAUAUUUUCUUCUUCCCGGAGACCAAGGGGAAGACUCUGGAGCAAAUGGACGAGCUGUUUGGGGACGUUCAUAUGGUGCCCGCAAACCAGAAGCAAGAAGAGAUGAGCAUGGAGCAUUUCAACUAA